AGCAAAAUGAGUAACAUCGAAAGCUGAUUAUUAAUGAUGGAAAAAAAACAGUUGAAAUUCCCUUUUUUUUUCAUUUUAUAAUUAUAAUAGUAUUUCACAGACACAAAAAUCUCAAAAAAGUGAGAAAAUAAACAGCCUUCAGGUCAGAAUAAAAGAAAUAUGGUAUUUUAAAGGUUUGAGUUGCUCUUUUAAAUAUUUGGAAUCAAAAUAUCUUAUUCAAUUGAAAAAAAAAUGAAGUGUGUGAAGAGUAACCUUACAAGGAUUAAUACUUUGGAUUUAGAUAAUAAUAAUUCGAAUGACCAUGAAGUUAAAGAAGAUUUAGAACAACAACUCAAAAAUGCUAAGGAUAAUAAUGAUACCAAUAAGAAAGAAGAAUCGUUUGAAGUACCGGAUGGUGGAUACGGAUGGGUGAUUGUUGGAGCAAUUUUUUUGAUCUCGGUUGUUACAUGGGGAGCCAACGCUGGCUUUGCAGUGUAUUUGGCACAUUACUUGAGCGAGGAUACCUUUGAAGGAGGAACAAAGAUAGAUUACGCUGUCAUUGGAGGAUUGGCGUUUGGAUCGGGGUUGAUGAUUGCACCUCUCAUAACCUAUUUGAAUGGGCUAUUUGGAUUCAAAAUAACAAUGCUGAUGGGGGCAUUAUUGGGUCUCACUGCAAUGCUCCUCGCAAGUUUUGCUACCAAGUUGUGGCAGCUCUAUCUCACUCAGGGUGUUGUCCAGGGCUUUGGGCUAGCGUUUACAUAUGUGCCAUCAAUGCCUAUUAUAUCGCACUAUUUCAAGAAGAAGAGGACGUUAGCAGCAGGAAUUGCGGCCAGUGGCUCUGGAUUGGGAGGCAUCUUCUUUGCAUUGGUGAUGGACAGGAUCAUGAGAAGCAAAGGUGUUCGGUGGGCGUUGCGAUCACAGGGCAUUAUCUGUUUUGUGCUAAUUAUUGUUUCUAUUUCGAUUUUAAGGGACCGAAGAGACAGGAUUCAAGCUGAGUUCAGGGCCAUCGACAGAGCCAUUUUGUGCAGCAAGGGUUUCUGGAUCAAUACGGCGUGGAUAACGUUUGUGAUUCUAGGGUAUGUGGUAGUGCAGUACGCCAUUUCGGACUUCACCAGGUCGCUUGGAUACAGCGCAAAACAAGGCUCGAUCAACUCUGCGAUGGUAGCGUUGGGGGCAUUUGUUUUCAGGCCUCUCUUGGGCACGUUGGCCGACCGGUUUGGCACCGUCACAGUGGGCGGGAUUGUGUACUUUUUGUGCUGCGUGUUGUGCUAUGUGAUGUGGGUCUUGUGUCGCAACUUUGCAACAUCACUCUUCUUCUCCAUCCUCAUCGGCGGUCUUAUGGGCUACAUCUGGGGCUCUUUGGGAACUAUUGUGCCCAGAGUUGUGGGGUUGCCCAAAAUGGGGGUUGCCUUCGGAAUGCACUGGAUCUGUAUUGGCAGCAUAGGAAUCAUAUCCCCCAUCAUUGGGUUGGCGCUAAGAGGACCGGUGGACGAGAACAGCUACAAUCCUGCUGCGUACCAGAAUCCUGCUCUCUAUUGUGGAUCGAUGUUUCUAGCUACCAGUUUUUUUUUGUUUUUGCUAAGAGCAUUUUUGAUUGCUAGGGAAUUGGUAAGCGAGAACACGACUGAUUCCGACUUUGGCAGAGAAUUGGCUGUGGCUGUUUCUUGGAAGUUGGUGUUCACGAGCAUGUUUCGUAGGGGAAAAACAAAGAUAUAGUGACAAGAGAUAAGAGGUAGCAGAUGUAAUACAACAAUAUUGAUGUUGUGUGCUAUAAAUAACCCAUUGAGAUAACGAUGCUUUCUGUGCAGCACAAACAGCAGGUCUGGCCCGCCCUUGACUUGCUUCAGCUUAUCUCGCGCUUUGUGGAGCUCUGCUGGGGCAACGUAGUCGCGGCCCGGCUCUCACGUGUGGCUUGGGCUAAUGUUGAGCCGGCGCUUAAUUCUGCCUGAGAAGAACGCAUAAACUGU